AUGCAGGAGGUGAGGCUACACCAGUGUGAGGAAGGCCUGCGGAUUCAGAGGGGUGGGUUUGCGGAUGCCUUGGAGGACCUGAAUAAGCGCCUCUCACUGCCAGCAGACAUCCGCAUACCCGAUGGUUACCUGGAGAAGCUGCAACUCAACAGCCCUCCGUUCGACCAGCCUCUCAGCCGCCGAUCCCGCAGGGCCUCCCUGUCGGAAAUUGGAUUUGGGAAGCUGGAGACGUACAUAAAGCUGGACAAACUGGGAGAGGGGACCUAUGCCACUGUUUUUAAGGGGAGGAGCAAGCUUACCGACAACCUGGUGGCUCUGAAGGAGAUUCGCCUGGAGCACGAGGAGGGGGCCCCUUGCACCGCCAUCCGGGAGGUGUCGCUCCUGAAGGACCUGAAACAUGCCAACAUUGUGACGUUACAUGACAUUGUCCACACAGACAAGUCCCUGACACUGGUCUUCGAGUACCUGGACAAGGACCUGAAGCAGUACAUGGACGACUGCGGAAACAUCAUGAGCAUGCAUAAUGUGAAGAUCUUCCUGUUCCAGAUCCUGCGAGGGUUGGCCUACUGCCACAGACGGAAGGUGCUGCACCGUGACCUCAAGCCCCAGAACCUACUGAUUAAUGAGCGUGGGGAGCUCAAGCUGGCUGACUUUGGUUUAGCCCGGGCCAAGUCCGUGCCCACCAAAACGUACUCCAAUGAGGUGGUGACGCUGUGGUACCGGCCCCCGGAUGUGCUCCUCGGGUCCUCAGAGUACUCCACACAGAUCGACAUGUGGGGCGUGGGCUGCAUAUUCUACGAGAUGGCCGCAGGCAGGCCCCUGUUCCCAGGCUCCACGGUGGAGGACGAGCUGCACCUGAUUUUCCGGCUGCUGGGGACACCUUCAGAGGACAAUUGGCCAGGAAUCUCAUCAAUUGAAGAGUUUAAAUCUUACAAUUUUCCCAAAUACAAACCGCAACCUUUCAUCAAUCACGCCCCAAGGUUGGACACCGAAGGCAUCGACCUCUUGUUAGCGUUUCUGAAAUAUGAGUCUAAGAAGAGGAUCUCAGCCGAUGAGUCCAUGAAGCAGCCUUACUUUCACAGCCUGGGAAUGAGGGUGCAUGCGCUGCCAGAGGGUGCAUCGAUAUUCACACUGAAGGAGAUCCAGCUUCAGAAGGAUCCAGGCUAUCGGAGCUCCUCUUACCCCGAAUCAGGAAACAGCAAGAACAGAAGACAAAGCAUGCUCUUCUAGACUGGGACCCUCAGCUCCAAAUGAAGACAUCGAUUUCUUCUCAUGUAUAAACUGACCCACCAGCCCUGGGGGGGAGGGAGGCGGGGAACAUGCUUGUGGUGGGCUUCCCCUCUCCCAUGCACGGCCCCCGAUCCCAGGGGAUCCCCCACCCCUUGUCCCCACCCCACUGGUGGAUCUUUAGCGAUCCCAAGUUUUCUUGCAGACCAUGUGGACUGAAGGAGAUGGACUGUAGGUGUUAAUUUAUUGGGGAUGUCCUUUGCUGCUAAACUACUGUCUGUAUUUAACACGCUUGUGUUAUCAUGUGACCUUGCUUGGUUACCACCCACCCCCAUCACCCCAGACUGGUCACAAAAAUGAUUUUGUUGAUGGAUGUUUUUGGUCUUGUUGCAGUUGUUGUUUUUGAGAAUUCAAUGGUUCUGGUUUCUUCUACAAAACUCCCGCUGGUUAACCUUGAGUUGUCCUGCAUUGCCAGACCUUUAAUUGAAAUCUUCUGUUGUGUUUAUUUUAAUUUUUUUAAAGCUGUUGUUUGAUCCUGAAGCAGCUGAUAUUUUCUCAGACUGAAUGCUGCAUUCGGAUCCCGGCUCAAGCGCUGUGUUUUUGUUAAAGGCUGCGACAGCAUCUCUGCAGAUGUCGUUACCGUGGUAAUGGUGCUGUGUAGUCACAUGACCCCAUGCAACUCUACCCCCUACCCCAGUUCACCUUACUGUUGCCGAGCAUUUCAAGAAGAAUCCAACUGGAUGGGAUGCAAUCUGCUGUCACAGGACCAUACCCUCCCCCCCCCAUGACGCACUUGUCUGUGAGGAGCAUAGCAGUGCAGAAGGAACCAGGGGUGAUGGCGGCUGGCCGCCGCCGUGUUGAACCACCGUUUGAUGCAAGCCACACCCUGUGUUGCUAUGGAAACGGCUUAAACACUGGAUCAUUUCUAAUGAACAGAUGAUGGGUUGCCACUUCUCUGGCCAUGAGCCCCGUCGGAUGGAUGGACUGCCUGCCUGCCGACUUUCUUCCUGCACGGCUUUGGACAGCUGGUUGGCCAUGCCCCCGUAUCUAGGGGGUGCCCCAUGCCUCAUCUCUGCUACUGUGCUCGUACGCUUCUCUCUCGUGCACCUAGCUGUGUAUAUUUAGUUGUGUUAGCCUCUCUUCUGCAGUCUAGUUUAGCGGAUCUUCAGUACCUGUAAAUCUGUUUCUGUAUCCAGAUGGUUGGUCUGGUUAGCUGGUCAUCAGGGGAGUAUUAAAAAAAAAAAGAAAAUAUACCAGUAGUCACUGUACUAGACUUCAGGGCCGUGAACAUCCAACUUACAGAAAACGUAGGUUAUUUAACAGUGUUAAAAAAGGCAUUUUGUAUGUUACAUUUUAACUUUAUUUGUGAAUAAUUGUGUAACUGUGGCAUGUUGGGGGGGGGCAUGAUUUUUUUUUCUUUUGUUAUUUUUACAGAGGAGAAAAAUGAAUAAUAUGGAAAAUAUGGUGUAACAGUUUGCAUUGGACCACUAUUUUGCCACCCACCCCCAUGGAGAAUGCAAAUGGUGAAGAAAAAUUUCAGAUUGAAAUUUUACAUUUAACAUCGUUGUGUUGCUUUCGACUGCCAGUAAUAUAUUAAUACUGUUGUACUUUUUUCCCCUGAGUGAGAGAGUGGUUUGAUUUUAUUUUAUUUUUGUACCUUUUUUGGUGUUUUACGGGCAGAAGUCAACAGCGCAUGGACCACUUAAAUUUUUUUGUGUGUGUGUGUGUGUGUGUAAGUUCCCCCCCACCUGGAUCUCUGAGUCUCACAGUGAACAGCUUUGACCGUUUAACACUUUUUACUGGAGAUAUUUAUUUCUCAUAACUAUUGAAGUAAAUUUAGUCAGUUUCAUACAGAC